AUGAAGUUCUUACUAGUGACGGCUGUGAUAUGCAGUGCCCUGGCGCUGACGUUAGGUGUACCGGUGCCAUCGGCCAACCCGGACCCAGCACCGGAACCGGCGGCGCAACCAAAGACAGACAUCGAGCUGAUGAAGAUCCCUCUCGACGGCGAUAAGGAGCUGGACGUUAUCACCCUAGUCAACUCGGAGGAUCAGAAAAUCAACGAACGCAACAAGCGCACGAUCGGCAUCCUGCGGGAGCUCUUCCCAACGAUCUCUCAGAUUCUGGACCAAAAGAUACAGAUGAUCACGUCCUACCUGUUCCGCACGAUCGGUCCGAUACUGCUCCGCAGCGGGCUCGGGCUGAGCGGUGGCGGGGCCGGCGGUACCGACAACAAUCGCGGCUCCAGCUCCGACGAUGAUGACGAUUUCGACUUCGACGACGACGAUGACAGCGCGGACAGCGGCAAGGACGGCAAACCGAAGGUGAGCAUCUCCCUACCGACCUUCCCACCGUCGGACGACGAUGACGAUGACAAGGGUACGACCGGCGCACCGUCCCUACGUCUCGGCGCGGACGACGACAAGAACGAGGUGCGCAAGCGGGCCACCGUCACGGCGACGGCGACGGAACCGGCCAACGAGCGGAUCGAUCUGCUAGCCGCUGGGCAGUUCGGUGAGACGAGCACCGGUGCGCCAGACGCGGUUACCACGACGUCCGCAAACCCAACGACCAGCGCCACCGAAACCAACCUGAUCACGACCGACGAUAAUGCCAACACGCUCGAGACGCUCGAUCUGGCCGGUCUGAGCGAUACGCUGAAUGCGAUCCGAGUAGCCCGCGCCACCAGUGAAGAGAAGGCCGCCUCGUCCAACGACCAGAACGCGGCCGAGUCGUCCGCCAACAGCUCCAGCCUGGAUGAGCUGACGCUUGACUCCGAGGGUAACGAUGAAGAUCGCAACAAGAGAUUCCUGUCCUUCGGAGGUAGCAGCGGCGGCGGCGGCGGUUCCGGUAACUUCCUGUUCGAUAUCAUUCGUCUUGUAUCGGGCAGCUCGGGCACAGAGCAAAGCGACGAGAAGGCCCACUCUCCGGAUGAUCACGAUCUCGGCAAGGGUGACGGCUACACCGAGGGCAUUCCCGGACCGGUGACGCGACUGUUCGUGCUGGCCAACCGCGGUCUCUCCAACCUGAUCCAGGAUCUGAUUCUGCCAAUGCUUUUCGAGGCGAGCAGCCCCGCCGUACCCACGCUGCCUACUGUUGAUGUUGCGGGCGAACUGUCCAACGUCACGGCACGCUUUGCAAACGCGCUGAGCGACCUGCGGAGUGACAUCACGAACGGUACCCAGCAGGCCGUUGGCGAACUGCAGAAGGAGCUGACCGUGCUGAAAACGCUGGCGGCUCCGCUGGACGAAGGAUUUGCGUCCGGUUUGGACAGUCUGGUGUCUGGUUUCGGGGAACCGUCACCCGUGCCGAAGGCGACAAAGCCGGAAGAAAAACCGGACAAGCUCAAACAACCGGAAGCACCGCAGGACGAACCGACGCCAUUUUCGUUAACUUCAAUAUUUGGAUUUUAG